CAAGGCUUCAUGCGCAGCCCAUUGGUGUCCAUUUCCUUCCCUCGAGUCGCCGGCGGGCGUGGAGGCGGCGGCGAUGCUGCGGUCGGCGCUACGGCGGGGAGGGGCGGCCGCGCGGCAGGUUGCGUGGGAGGGGGGAGCCUCGCCGAGGGACCUCCUCCGGAUGCGCGUGGCGGAGCGGGAGCGCUUCAGGCGGCGUCGGCGCGACCCGGGGCGCGACGAGUUCUUCGUGCCGACACCGGAGUCGCUGGCGUGGCUCGACACGGCCUCACUCCCCAUGGUGCUUACCGCAGCCGCCGUGGCCCUCUUCACCAAGCUCCUCAUGAUGGAACAUGAAUCUACAGAUCAAGAGAGGAGAGAGCGCAAGAUAAAGAAUAGCCACCCUGAUCAAGGAAAAGUAAGGAUGCUGAGUCGUGAAGAAUGGGAAGAGGUUCAAGAAGUCAGGCCAAGGACCCCAUUUGAAUCGAAGAGGAUGUCAAGGAUUGGGCUACUGAUGUAAUAACAGAUGCUUUUACCAGAGUAGAAGAAAGUACCAAGGGAAAAUGAUUCAGAAGAAACAGCCAGUUCAUAUGCUUUAAUGUCUCCCUGA